AUGAAGGGCCUCAAGAACUGGAAGGCACCCGGCCAUGACUCCCUCCCUGUCGAGUUGCUCAAGAUCGAUGACGACAAACCCUUCGUCCUGGGACACCCCCAUACCAUCCUCGUCAAGGUGUGGAACGGAGGAGAUAUUCCGCGAGAGUGGAAGGCUGCAAACAUCAAGGUGCUGUACAAGAAGGGUGACCGGUCCAACUGUAACAACUACAGAGGGAUUUCGCUAUUAUCUCACGUAAGCAAGGUCCCCAUCAAGGUCAUCACCAACCGUCUAAGCGCUUUCUGCGGAGCCAACAACAUCCUCCCGAAGAAAAAUUGCGGAUUUCGACCCGGGCGAUCCACCGUCGACAUGCUGUUCGUCGUGCGCCGCCUCCAGGAGCUGGGGCGGAGAAAGAAAA